CCACCCCCUCAGAACAUCACGAUCCUGUCGACCAAUAUGAAACACUUUCUGGUAUGGAACCCAGUGAUUGUGCCUGGAGAAGCUGUGAAAUAUUCAGUCGAGUUUCAAGGAGCAUACGAGAGAGACUAUGCCAACGACAGCUGGAUCCUCAUUGAAGAGUGUUCAGGCAUCACCAAUACUCAGUGCGACAUCACAGAAGACAUUUCUGCCACCGUGCCGUACAGUCUUCGUGUGAGGGCAGCCCUUGGCACGCAAGCCUCGUGCUGGGCCACGCUUGGUGGCUUCUUCAAUCGUGUCACAACAUCCCUCAUUCCACCCAUGCUGACUGUCACAGCCGAUGGGUACCAUUUGCUGGUGGAGCUAGAACAUCUUGGACCAGCUUUUGAGUUCCGGAUAUCCUACUGGAAGAAGGGCCAGGAACAUGAGGUGUAUCGCAAAGUGGUGAGAGACAGCAGCAGCAGCGUACAUCUGGAAACCAUGGAAGCUGGAGCUGAAUAUUGUGUCAAAGCACAGACCUACGUGGAGGCCAUCAAUCGAAGCAGCAAUUUCAGCCGGGUGCAAUGCGUCAGGGCCACAGUUGGUAAAGCCAUCUUGGUGACCUUCGCUCCACUCUUCUUCGUUGCCUUCGUGGUGGCUGUUCUGGUCCUCCCUUUGCUUGCCUGGAAAACCUGCCGCAUCUGCCAGUAUUCCUGCUGCCCAGAUGAGGGCCUGCCGGACACUUUGAAACUAACAGCAUCGCCUGCUGGGUUGCUAAAUUAUGGGGGAGACGAGUUCGAGAAAUGCGACGAAUCUGUGCAAGUGCUGCCCCGCCACGAGCUUCUCCUCCGUUCUUGGAUUCAUGAAACUCUUUAA